AUGCAUUCGCUAUUGCUUGUCUUUCUUUCAUGGUGCUGUUCUGUGGUUCUUUGUCAAAUUCGAUACUCUAUUCCGGAGGAAUUGAAAAAAGGCUCACUUAUCGGAAAUGUAGCACAAGACCUGGGAAUCGAGUUGGACAGACUGCGAGCUGGCCGAGCUCGUAUCGUUACUGAAGAAGGCAUUCAGUACACAGAACUCAAUUUAGACAAAGGGAUUCUAGUCGUCAGUGAGAGAAUAGACCGAGAGCAACUCUGUGGCGACAUCACGCCUUGUAGCUUCAGUUUCGAGAUCAUCCUAGAGAACCCAAUGGAAUUACAUCAGGUAACGGUUGAAAUUCUAGACAUAAAUGACAAUUCCCCUGUUUUUGAGAAAAACACGGUCAGUUUUGAAAUCAGCGAAUCAGCCACCCUUGGAUCAAGCUUCGCUUUAGAGAGCGCGUAUGACCCCGAUGUACACGUGAAUUCAUUACAGAAUUACAUUUUGAAAAAGAACGAUAAUUUCGUCAUAAAACAACACUCGAAUCCGAAUGGCGGUAAAUAUGUUGAAAUGAUUCUUCAGAAAGCAUUAGAUAGAGAGGAGCAUCCCCGUCUCUCUUUAAUGCUAAUUGCUGUAGACGGCGGAAAUCCGCAGAGGUCUGGCACUGUAAAUAUAGAUGUAACUGUAUUAGACGUAAAUGACAACGCGCCAGUUUUUAACCAAACAUUAUAUAGAGCUACAGUGAUGGAAAACGCUCCAAAAGGCACUUACGUUACAAAUAUUAAUGCUACUGAUGCAGACAGUGGGUCAGAUGGACAUAUAGUGUACUCUUUUUCUGAUCUAAAAGAGCAAGUUAGAGAUAUCUUCAGUGUUGACGAAAGCACUGGUGUUGUAUCUGUUACGGGAAGUAUCGAUUUUGAAAAAGAUAAAGUUUACGAAAUUAGACUCAAGGCAAAAGACCAGGGUGGUCUCACAAGUACUAGUAAACUUAUUGUUGAAGUUGUUGACGUUAAUGACAACGUUCCAACAAUAAAUGUCAUGUCUUUCUCAGGCCAUUUGUCUGAAGAUUCAUCUUCAGGUACCACAGUAGCGAUACUCCAUGUCAAAGAUAAAGACUCGGCGAGAAAUGGUCUUGUAACUUGCUCCAUAGAAAAAGAUCUCCCAUUCACCAUAAAAUCGUCCCUUGCCAACUAUUACAAUUUAAUAACUAAUACUGUUCUAGAUCGAGAAACAGCAUCUGAGUACAAUAUAACGGUCACAGCAACAGACUCUGGCUUGCCUCCUCUCUCGAGCUCCAAGAUUUUGCACCUUAGAGUGACUGAUGUGAAUGACAACAGUCCAGUGUUUGACCAGGGUACAUACUCUGCAUAUAUCUCUGAAAAUAACUCUCCAGGAAUGUCCAUAUUUACUGUCAAGGCAAGAGACUCAGACUGGAAUCAAAAUGCACAAAUCUCCUAUUUUCUGGAAGACACAGAAAUCGGCGGAAGUCCAGUGUCUUCUUUUAUAUCUAUAAAUUCUGAUACAGGAGUUUUACAUGCAGUGCGCUCAUUUGACUAUGAACAAAUGAAACAGCUUUCAUUUGUGAUAAAAGCACAAGAUGGAGGCUCCCCUCCCUUGAGUAGCAAUGUGAGUGUGAAUAUAAUGAUUCAGGACCAGAAUGACAAUGCACCCCAGGUUCUCUACCCAGUACAGACUGGUGGCUCUCUGGUGGCUGAAAUGGUGCCUCGUUCAGCAGAUGUUGGCUAUCUUGUCACUAAAGUGGUGGCUGUAGAUGUGGACUCUGGACAAAAUGCCUGGCUCUCAUAUAAACUGCUGAAAACCACUGAAAGGGCACUGUUUGAAGUGGGUCUACAGAAUGGAGAAAUAAGAACUAUUCGCCAAGUCACUGAUAAAGAUGCUGUGAAACAAAGGCUCACUGUUGUAGUGGAGGACAACGGUCAGCCCUCUCGCUCGGCUACAGUCAGUGUCAACGUAGUUGUGGCGGAAAGUUUCCCUGACGUGCUCUCGGAGUUCACAGACUUUACACAUGACAAGGAUUACAAUGACAACCUGACCUUUUACCUAGUCCUGGCCUUGGCUGUAGUUUCAUUUCUAUUUAUUGUGUCCAUUAUAGCUAUACUGUCGGUCAGAUGUCACAGAUGGAGACAUGAGCAUAUGUAUCAUAAGUCUAAUGCCAAUCUCCCAGUUAUUCCCUACUAUCCCCCUUUUUACACAGACAUAGGGAGUGCAGGAACUCUUCAGCAAGUGCACAGUUAUGAUUUUUGCAGAACAACUGACUCAAGACGGAGCGAUCUGAAAUAUGCCAAACCUUGCAGUCAGAGCACCAUUAGUCUGGAUGCAAGUGGAACACAAACACUCCUGAAUGUGCAGAUGGAGAAGCUGACAAAUGAGAAUUCUGAUGAUCAGGUGAGCUGCAGUUCAUUACUGUGA